AUGAGUCCCUCACAGAAAAGUAACAGCGGUGCGAGUGUCGGCAGCAGGGAAGGCAGCAACAACAGCAGGGGGGUUAACCUAAAUAGUGGCAGAAAUAGGUCCUCCCAAAGUGGAAAUGCCCAAUACGGAAGGAACGGCCAAGCCAACGUGUACAGCUACCGAAUGAAUGCGACAAGCAAAUCUUGGCGGGAAGAAAACGAAGCAGCAGCGGCAGUGGGAGGGGUGACUAAUGGAGGAGAAGUAAAUCUAUCAACGCAUGACAAUGAGUAUGACCUUAAUUUUAUAGAAAAGGAGGUAUGCAGUUUUUCCAAAAUAAAUAACGACAAUUCAAACAUGAAUAGUAAUGCCACCUCAACGAAUUUUAAAGAAGAAGAAUCCAGUGUAUUAAAUAUGGAUAUGGACCCAGACAAGGCUCGUAGUAUGUAUAUAAAAAGGUUACAGUCUACGCAAUCGAGCAUGCACCUGGAAGGAAAUACUGAUAUAUAUAAGGAGGAGGAAUUUAUGGAAAUGCAAAGUGGAACAGGCAAAAUGGAGGACUGUAUGUAUAACUACAAAAAUAAAAGAAUGACAAAAAGUAAACAUCUAAAUAACAUGUUGGAGGAUAGAAUGGAUCACCAGCUAGCCGAUGAAGAAGAUGGAGACAAAGAAAUGUACAAUAAUUCAUUUUUUCUGUCGGAUACUAUGGAAGAUGAAUUAAGCACCGAUGGAAAGAAAUUUUCCUUUAUGAAAAAAAUCAAAAUGUGCUUUAACUAUUUUGGCCCUGGAUGGAUUGUAGCAAUAGCAUAUUUGGACCCAGGAAAUUUAUGUAGCAAUUUAAAUGUAGGGUUAAUUAGAUCACCAGGGGAUAGUAACAAUUUAGUGAAGGAUUAUACAGGAUAUCAUUUAUUGUGGAUUUUGGCAUAUGGUCAUAUUUUGGGUUUUAUUUUCCAAGUGUUAUCUAUGAAGCUAGGACAUGUCACAGGGUUAGAUUUGGCAUCCAUAUGUUACAGAGAAUUUGAUAAAAAGUAUUCCUACCUAUUGUACUUCUUCGUGCAGGUUGCCAUAUGGGGUGCACACAUACAAGCCAUUGUAGGUACCUUUGUAGCUAUAAAUUUGAUUUUUGGGAUAUCGGUCAAGGUAGCUAUUUUGUACACCCUAGUAGAAGCAUUAGUGUAUAGUUUCUUGGAGAAUAAAAGUCUUAACCUUUUAGAAAAUGUCCUAAGUGUUCUCAUUGGAUUUCUAGCUGUCUGCUUCAUUUUUAACGUUUUUAUGACCCCAAUUAAUUAUAAAGAGGUAGUUUACAGUAUUUUGUAUCCGAGAAUUCCCGAAGGGAAAGGAUUUGAUGCCAUGGCGUUGUUGGGUAGUAUCAUAUCUUCGCAUGUAAUUUAUUUACACACAAAUUUAACGUCCAAGAAGAAGGCUGUAAUAUUUAACGACAGAAUGUUAAAAAGGUACAACACAUUGGGAACAGUCGAAUCGGCCGGUUCGCUAUUCCUCUCUUGUGUCACCAACUGCAUUAUUGUCCUAACCUUUGCAGAGGUUAAUAUUAACGCACACGAUAGGAAAGAUGCUUACAACCUUUUCACGGCAUACGAAGUGAUGAAAAAAUCGUUUGGCAAAAUUUCCAUGUAUAUAUGGUCCUUUGGUUUGCUAAGUAGUGGAAAUAACUCCAGCUUCAUGUGCGAAUAUGCAUCCAAGUCAGUAUUCGAAGGAUUUUUAAAUAAAAAAGUUAACACCUUUUUACGAGUACUAUCUUUCCGCUUCUUCCUUUUCUCCAUUUUGUAUUUAUUCUUACUAUACGAUAAGUACAGCAUUGAUCAGUUGACAAACUUUAUUAAUCUCAUCCAAGUGUUGCUGCUCCCUCUGGCCAUUGUCCCUCUCUACCGAUUUAGUAUUCAUAAAAAUGUGUUAGGAAAAUUUGCCUUAACAAAAUAUCCCAAAUUUUUUGUUUUCGUUAUUGUUAUUUCGAUAAUUAUUGCCAACCUGAUGUUAACAAUUUUUGAUUUCCUUCAGAAAGUGCCCAAUAUGUAUUCUGUAUGUUUUGCCAUUUUUUUUUCCCUCCUUUAUUUAUCCUUCAUGGUUUUUCUCUUCAAAAUGCCUAUUACCAAGAGCUACUGUCGCCUGCGCUCAAGCGGCACGUUCCCAAGGGAGAAGUGA